ACACUUUCCUGAAGAACCCGGAGGCGACGAUCGGGGUCGAUUUCCGAGAGCGGACGCUGGAGCUCGACGGUGAGAGCAUCAAGAAACGGGGAGGAAUCAGCCGGUGGCUGAAGCAGCUGCAGAGCUGCCAGAGUGUCAUGCAUGGGGUGUGAGGUGUGGUUCAUCAGGGACGAGAGCUUUGCCAUCAUCCUCCCGUCCCCCACCACCUCCACAGCAUCCACAGGACACCCAGCACGCUGCUGGCCUUCUUCAUCAGCUCGUUCAGCCUCUUCCUGUCAGCCGCUGCCAUGCUGCUGCUCCAGAAGACCACUCCAUAAAAGAUGGCGGAUGCCACCACAGAGUCCAAGAAGGUCUUCAGGAGGGCUCCCUGCACUCCAAAGGACCUCAGUCUCCUCACAGGAAGAGUCUGCUCUGUCCCUUCUUAUAGAGUGUGUGUGCGUGGUCAGCCCAGUCCAGUUUGUUGUUCAGGUGAACACCCAGCUGCAGAUCUGGGACACGGCGGGUCAGGAGCGCUUCAGGAAGAGCAUGGUGGAGCACUACUACCGCAACGUCCACGCCGUCAUCUUCGUGUACGACGUGACCAGCCUCUCCUCCUUCGAGAGCGUCCCCGAGUGGAUCGAGGAGUGCAGCCGGCACUGCGUGGGGCCCCUGGUGCCGCGCGUCAUGGUGGGCAACAAGUGCGACCUGAAGGACCGCCGGGAGGUCCCCACCACCGCGGCGCAGUGCCUCGCCGACAGCUACAACUUCCCGCUGUUCGAGACCUCGGCCAAGGAACCCGCUGAGAAGGAGCACGUGGACGCCAUCUUUCUGACUCUGGCGUACAGACUGAAGAGCCACAAACUGCUGCGGCUGAAGCAGCUGAGCGAGAGCGGCGGUGGCGGCGGCGGCGGGCGUCCGUGGGACCAGCGAGGGCGGGAAGCGGGGACGUGUCAGUGCUGAGGGUGACCCCUCCAUCCCCAUGUGGGUGUAUUCAUCGAUAAAGGAGCUGCGGGAUAAGCCUGAGACGGAAUUCCGAAAGGCGUCUUGUGAUCAUGAGACGGGGAUAAAAAGGAUGAAACGGCUUCACACGUUCCCCUGCCUGAUGCAGAGGCACGGCGUGUGACAGGAGGGGCCUGGAAGUUUACGCAAUAUUAUUCAACAUUUCAAUGAAAAGCAUGUGGGGGGGGGGGGGGGGGGGUAAGCCAAUUAUUUAUGACUGCACACAAAAUCACUUUGAGUCAGAGAACAGAGCAUUGCAGAGGGAGUGCACUUUGCUAAGUAGACAAAAUCAUAUGCAAUCAGCUGUCCAGUAGCACUACAACGUAUCCACACUAUCCAAUGCAGACGGUGAAUUCAUUUCAAUUCCAUUCAGUUUAUUUUAUAUAGCCCAAUAUCACAAAUUUGCCUCAGAGGGCUUUACAACCUGUACACAUACGACAUCCCUGACCUUUGACCUCACAUCAGAUAAGGAACAACUCCCAUGAAAUAUUAAAAAAAACUUGCACGGGGAAAAAAGGGAAGAAACCUUCAGGAGAGCAACAGAGGAGGAUCCCUCUCCAGGGUGGACAGAAGAAUAGAUGUCAUGAAUUAAGGGGCGGAGAAAGAUUUCAGUGUGAAAAAGUGGACCGGCAAGGUCUCCGUUGAAGCUGUGAAGAAAACCGUGCAAUCCUUUUUAAGUUAUGUAAUGCAUGAGUUUUGGUGCUGUCGCUGAAUGUGUGUUUCUCAAAUAUAAAUGUGAACAUAAGCAGCUUUGUGUCAGCUCAUCGGCCCACACAGUUCUUCUGUUUACGAGAUUAAAUGCAAAUCCACGUGUUGCACUUGAAAGGUACCAGUGAACACAUGCUCAGCUGUCUUUUGCAAAUUGUUAUGCCGUAUGUAAGGUGUAGAUGCAGGAUGAGAUUUUUUUUUAAAUCACACCCAACUGAUACUUUUGAAUGUGUAAAAUAAUGCAAACACAAGUAUGGAGAUCUGUGAGAAUGUUCCGCUGCAAUAAAAGAGGUUUGAGGCGUUA